AAAUAAAAGACCUCGAUGCACAGUGUAUAGAGGCUAAUAUCGAAGAGAAUGAUUAUACAGUAUUUACAGUCGAUGAUUUGAAGUUUGAAUUGGAUUUAGUACAGCAAGCUGUUAACAAAAAGACAGCCUUUAUUGAAAAUCAGAUUGUGUCGAGAAACAUGACUAAUUUGACUCCAGUACAGUUGGAAGAAUUUGAAAGUACAUUCAGGCACUUUGAUAAAGAUUCAUCGAAUACCUUAUCACCAGUAGAAUUCAGUGCUGCAUUGGCCAGUCUGGGCAUUUCGUAUUCUGACGCAGAAUUCGCAUCAGUCUUUAAUCAACUUUCUAAUGGCGCCGAAGAGGCAACUUUCGAGCAGUUUAUCAG